AUAAAGAAACAGCAGCAGGAUGUGAUGGGCUUCCUGUCAGCCAAUAAGAUUGAGUUUGAGGAGUGUGACAUCGCUGCCAAUGAGGACAACAGGAAGUGGAUGAGAGAGAAUGUUCCGGAGGAGGCUAGACCCACUGCAGGGAACCCUCUACCUCCACAGAUCUUCAACCAGGACAGAUACUGUGGGGUGGGAAACACACACACAGAUGGGGUGCACAAUAUUGAGCGAUAGUGAAUUGUAAUAAAUUAGUAUCAUUUAUUGCCUUAGUCAGCAGGUGUUCUAGCAUCAUUCUGUUUCUAUGUUAGUCUGUAACAGCCCUACUAAAAUAGCUUUAAUUAGCUUGACCCAGUUUAUCUGUGUGUUCAGCUCAGUCAGUCAGGCAUCAUGAUGACUAAUCGGUUGGUAGGGGGUUGUGGGUUAUGGUAUAAAAGGGCUAAUCGAGGUUCUCGUCGGGGGUUGAUGGGGUUUGGUUAAGGCCCCUCUCGGUUUCGUGGGGGUUGCUGGCGGUUUUUGGUCCCCCCGGCCUCCUCGCGGUUCUGUCGGGGGUUUCUGGCGGUUCUGGUCUCCCGGCUCCUGCGGUUUCGUCGGGGGUUGCUGGCGGUUUGGUUCCCGGCCUCCUCGCGUUCAUCUUCGGGGUUGCUGGCGUUCUUUUUAAACGCCUCCUCGGUUUCUGUCGGGGUUGCUGGGUUUGGGUUCCGGCCUAUCGGUUUCGUGGGGGGUUUUGGGUUUUUGGUCUCCCGGCCUCUCGCGGUUCUCGUCGGGGUUUGAUGGAGGUUAUGGUAUAAGGACUAAUAGAGGUUAUAGUAGGGGGUUGAUGGAGGUUAUGGUAUAAAGGACUAAUAGAGGUUAUAGUAGGGGGUUGAUGGAGGUUAUGGUAUAAAGGACUAAUAGAGGUUAUAGUAGGGGGUUGAUGGAGGUUAUGGUAUAAAGGACUAAUAGAGGUUAUAGUAGGGGGUUGACGGAGGUUAUGGUAUAAAGGACUAAUAGAGGUUAUAGUAGGGGGUUGACGGAGGUUAUGGUAUAAAGGACUAAUAGAGGUUAUAGUAGGGGGUUGACGGAGGUUAUGGUAUAAAGGACUAAUAGAGGUUAUAGUAGGGGGUUGAUGGAGGUUAUGGUAUAAAGGACUAAUAGAGGUUUAUAGUAGGGGGUUGAUGGAGGUUAUGGUAUAAAGGACUAAUAGAGGUUAUAGUAGGGGGUUGAUGGAGGUUAUGGUAUAAAGGACUAAUAGAGGUUAUAGUAGGGGGUUGAUGGAGGUUAUGGUAUAAAGGACUAAUAGAGGUUAUAGUAGGGGGUUGAUGGAGGUUAUGGUAUAAAGGACUAAUAGAGGUUAUAGUAGGGGGUUGAUGGAGGUUAUGGUAUAAAGGACUAAUAGAGGUUAUAGUAGGGGGUUGAUGGAGGUUAUGGUAUAAAGGACUAAUAGAGGUUAUAGUAGGGGGUUGAUGGAGGUUAUGGUAUAAAGGACUAAUAGAGGUUAUAGUAGGGGGUUGAUGGAGGUUAUGGUAUAAAGGACUAAUAGAGGUUAUAGUAGGUGGUUCAAUAACACACAAAGACAGAGGAGAUGACAGAUAGCUCCAGUAAAGUUUAUGCUCUGUAAUAAAGGUUGUGUUUGCUGUUGGGUGUGUUGGUGUGUGUGUGUGUGUCUGUGUGUCUGUCUGUGUGUGUGUGUGUGUGUGUGUGUCUGUGUGUGGUGUGUGUCUGUGUGUCUGUGUGUGUGUCUGCGUGUGUGUGUGUGUCUGUCUGUGUGUGUGUUGUAAAGUGACUAUUUGCUGUUGGGUGUGAAGCCAGCUUGUCCUGUGAGAUAAAAAAAAAGCUGAAUGUCAGAUUCACUGUUUACUGACCGGUUCAUCCCUGACUGUAGAAUGUAUGGUAUGCUAACAUUGAAUAGCUCCUGUUAACCUUUUCUCUCCCCUCAGAACUACAAGGCUGUAGGAUUUAUAAUGGUUUUAUCGCUCUCCCCUCAGAACUACAAGGCUGUAGGAUUUAUAAUGGUUUUAUCUCUCUCCCCUCAGAACUACAAGGCUGUAGGAUUUAUAAUGGUUUUAUCUCUCUCCCCUCAGAACUACAAGGCUGUAGGAUUUAUAAUGGUUUUAUCGCUCUCUCCUUCAGAACUACAAGGCUGUAGGAUUUAUAAUGGUUUUAUCUCUCUCCCCUCAGAACUACAAGGCUGUAGGAUUUAUAAUGGUUUUAUCUCUCUCCCCUCAGAACUACAAGGCUGUAGGAUUUAUAAUGGUUUUAUCGCUCUCCCCUCAGAACUACAAGGCUGUAGGAUUUAUAAUGGUUUUAUCUCUCUCCCCUCAGAACUACAAGGCUGUAGGAUUUAUAAUGGUUUUAUCUCUCUCCCCUCAGAACUACAAGGCUGUAGGAUUUAUAAUGGUUUUAUCGCUCUCUCCUUCAGAACUACAAGGCUGUAGGAUUUAUAAUGGUUUUAUCUCUCUCCCCUCAGAACUACAAGGCUGUAGGAUUUAUAAUGGUUUUAUCGCUCUCUCCUUCAGAACUACAAGGCUGUAGGGUUUAUAAUGGUUUUAUCGCUCUCUCCUUCAGAACUACAAGGCUGUAGGGUUUAUAGUGGUUUUAUCUCUCUCCCCUCAGAACUACAAGGCUGUAGGGUUUAUAAUGGUUUUAUCGCUCUCUCCUUCAGAACUACAAGGCUGUAGGAUUUAUAAUGGUUUUAUCACUCUCUCCUCAGAACUACAAGGCUGUAGGGUUUAUAGUGGUUUUAUCUCUCCUUCAGAACUACGAGGCGUUCUUUGAUGCCAGAGAAGACAACAUUGUCUACGCUUUCCUGGGUCUCACCGCUCCCCCUGGAUCUAAG